GUAUUCUGAUUAAUAUUUAACCUUCCUGUGCAAUGUAGACAGGACACCCAUGCCAUACCAUAGGUGGGUUGAUCAAAGUACAAGUCGCUACGCUGACUUGCAGCCGGUUGUGACGCACCAGUAAAUUUGAGAAGAAGUUAUCCAGAGCAGAGUUUCUCUAUUAGCUCAACAGGUACAACUUGACAGGUUGAGAGAAGACGCCAUACAAGCCUGUUUGAGCCGGAACUUCUGAUAGUCUUCGGAUAGACUUUGAAGGUUUGACAUCCCCAGUGCAGGGUACCAGUUGACAAGUCUUGUACAGCUGUCAAUUUCAACGUCAUCAGUGUAUAUAUCAGGACAUCAUGAGUAAGAAGCAGCCAGGUGUGCUGAUGUUCCUCCUGGUCAUCCUUAUGGUGAUGGAAGCAGCAGAAGCUGACUGCAGCUCAUUGUGCUCAUCAUCUUCCUGCUACUGCAACCAUCAGGGCCUCACCAGCGUUCCACAGGACCUGCCCACAACCAUCACGGACCUGUAUUUCAGUGGGAAUCAAGUCCCAACUAUAAGUCAGUCCGACCUCUCACGUUAUAGGGACUUAGAGACUUUAAAUCUUGAAGACAAUCGCAUCUCUACCAUCGAUAGCCAAACAUUCUAUCUCUUACCAAACUUGACCACGUUAGAGCUUACCGGUAACCAAAUAACAAUUCUCAGAGCUGACAUGUUCAUGGGGCUGGAAAACUUGCAGAUGCUUAAAUUAGACAUGAAUGAGAUCAGUGAUAUUCAGGCUGGAACUUUCAGUCAAACACCACAACUGAAAAACUUGUACCUGCAUUACAACAAGUUAACAACCCUCAGAUCUGACAUGUUCACAGGGCUGGGGAACUUGCACCACCUUUCCUUAAGCAGUAAUGAGAUCAGUGAUAUUCAGGCUGGAACUUUCAGUCCAACACCACAACUGACAUUCUUGUACCUGUAUCGGAACAAGUUAACAACCCUCAGAUCUGACAUGUUCACAGGGCUGGGGAACUUGCAGAACCUUUUUAUUUACUUAUCAAUGAAUAAGAUCAGUGAUAUUCAGGCUGGAACUUUCAGCCAAACACCACAACUGACAUCCUUGUACCUGCGUCUGGAUGAUAACAAAUUAACAAGCCUUGUACCUGACAUGUUCAUAGGGCUGGCAAACUUUUACCUUUCUAUGUCGUCUAAUAAUAUGACUGAUAUUCAGGCUGGAACUUUUAAUGCAACCCCACAACUGAGAGGCUUAAAUCUCGGUUACAACAAGUUAACAGUCCUCAGAGCUGACAUGUUUUCAGGACUGGGAAACUUGGAGACCCUUAACUUAGAGAAUAAUGAGAACAUUAGUGACAUCCAGGCUGGAACGUUUAGUUCAACAUCACGACUUGAACACCUUUGUCUGAGUAACAACAAGUUAACAACCCUCAGAUCUGACAUGUUUACAAGUCUAGGAAACUUGAAGAACCUUUGGUUAGACUUUAACGAGAUCAGUGACAUUCAGGCUGGAACUUUCAGUUCAGCAGCACAGCUUACAAACGUGUACCUAGAUAAUAACAAAUUAACAAGCCUCAGAGCUGACAUGUUCACAGGGCUGGGAAACUUGGAGCUCCUUUACUUAAACGAUAAUGAGAUCAGUGAUAUUCAGGCUGGAACUUUUAAUGCAACCCCACAACUAAGAACCUUAAGCCUGGAAUACAACAAGUUAACAGUCCUCAAAGCUGACAUGUUUACAGGACUGGGAAACUUGGAGACCCUUAACUUACAUGAUAAUGAGAUCAGUGACUUUCAGGCUGGAACUUUUAGUUCUACAUCACGACUUGUAACCUUGGACCUGCGUAAUAACAAAUUAACAACCCUCAGAUCUGACAUGUUUACAGGGCUGGGAAACUUGAAGGUCCUUUGGUUAGACAAUAACGAGAUCAAAGACAUUCAGUCUGGAGCUUUCAGUUCAGCAACACAGCUGACACACAUGAACUUGCGUAAUAACAAGUUAACAACCCUCGUAUCCAACAUGUUCACAGGGCUGGCAAACUUGGAAGAAAUUCUCCUACGGAAUAAUAGCAUCAGUGAUAUUCAGGCUGGAACUUUUAGUCCAACGCCACAACUGAGUCGCUUAGACCUGUCCAACAACCACAUCCAAUCCAUUCCGCCCAACUUAGUGGUAAAUCUACCGCACCUGGUUAGCCUUAAAUUGUCUCACAACAACAUCACCACGUUUCCCUUCAACGAUUUGUCAGUUCAAACAAUUCAUUACCUUUCCCUUGACAAUAACCAACUGACAUCUCUUUCCUCUGCUGAAUAUGACAUACUUUCAUCUAUACCUUAUGUCAGCAUUGACAACAACCCCUGGCAUUGUGAUUGUAGAAUGUUUCACUUUAGGCUGAAGAUGACGGGGGCUGAAGAAAACCAGUUUUAUUGUUCCGAACCUAGCAACCUCAAAGGGCAAAAGCUGAGUCAGGUCUUUCCUGAAUCUCUGACCUGUGAAUCACAGCCACUCUCCGAUGAGGACAGAAUGCUACUGUUGAGUCGGGAGGACUUAUAG